UCGAGCUAGUAUUGAAAUAUGAACGUUUUUAAUCGAGUACCGCCUAGUAUGAAUCCGCAAGAGCUCAGUGCUAUGGUUUGGAUGGGACCGAUCGCGUCGCAGCUGGAUGAAAACUUGACCAACUACUACGUCCCGCCGCCAGUGGCGACCGUCAUGGAAGAUAUCACUCAGCAGGCGCACGCUAUGGACAUGAAUCCGGCGGCACUGAACUCGCUGAUCAGUGAAUACGGUGGUCACGUAACGACCAUUCCCACACCGGCCGGCUUAGCGACCAUUCCGAGCGGCGCCGCCGAGCACCUGGCACUGACUAAUCAGGAAUUGUUCAAUCUCCAGCAACAGCAGCAGCAGCAGCAGCAUCAACUGCUGCAACAGCAGCUGGCGCUCGGUGGUUACGGGUUUCUCGACCAAAAUGGUACGCUGACGGCAGCAGCAGCGGUCGCGGCGGCUGCCGCAACCGUCGCUGGUGGACCAGCAACACUUGGCGGGCCAGGCCAGAACACGAUCGGAGUCGGUGACUUGCAGCUCGUUAACGACUCCGGCCCCACCGGCAAGAUAGCGGCUAUGAACGGAAUGAGUACGAACGACGUGGCGAUCGCGGCUGGUAUCGGCCCUAUCACUAUUGGCGAUGACGAUGGUGUGUGCGAUACGAGCGAAGGCAUGGACGGUGUGGCCGACGGUGAGCCGGGCGCACACGAUCAAACGAUAUCGUCGUUCGAUCCGUACGGUCAGAUGAUUGAUACCAGUGGUGGUAGCGAUUACCUUUCGUGCGCCACGGGGCAGGAAAAUCUGCUUCACUAUAAACUGAUGAACGAGGCCCAGUUGCUGCAGGCCCAGGGCCACUUUCUGGACUACGAUGUGUCGCACGACGAUGGUUCGAACAGUAACAGCAGCAGCACCGAUGGUGGCCAGAACAAUAACAAUCCUGACGGGAGUCCUUCCAUGAUGGCGGAUGAUGGCCUUGCGUUGGACCAGAAACCGCGGCCGCGUAGCAUCCGACCGUCUCACGACGAUCACGAGCCCCUGCCGCCGUACACGAGGAUGUAUGCGGUGCAGGCCGAGCGGUACGCGAACAAAAAAAUCAAACCCGUUAGGCGGCCCGGUUUGGUCCUGAAAACACCGAUCGCUUACAAGGGCGAUAUCGACCCGUCGGUCAUACCGAUCGAGCCCGACGGCAUGGCCAUCUGCGAGAAGUGCGGUGCCAUCGGAGUGAAGCAUUCGUUCUACACCAAGCAGCGGCGCUUCUGUAGCAUGUCAUGUUCCCGGUCGUUCGAGUCGCUCCGUGUGUUCAGUACACAUUUGCGCCCCGGAAGCGGUAACAAAACUCCGCUGGCGGACGACGGCAAUCGACCGACGGCGUCGGUGGCCCUGGGUGGCGAAGGGAUCGAUGACGGUAUCCUGGCGGUGCCGCCCGACCAACUGAUCGACGACCCGAGUGCCUCAACCGGACACGAGCUCGAGGACAGCAAGCACUCGCUCCUGCUGCAGCAACAGGCACAAGUACAAACGGUCGGUUAUCGGUUCAAGAUGGCUGACCACCGAGGAGCCGGAGCAGCGCCACCUGUCCUUCUGCAACCGACCCCCGGCAGUAUCGUUAGCAAUAGCAGCAACAGCAAUAGUCACGAUGGAAGCGCUAGCUUGAGCAGUGUAAAUAGUAGCAACAGUGGCGCGAGGAUGAUGGGUACCGUCGGGGACGCGAGUACGCACGAAAUAGUGCCGCAAGAAGAGAUUCCCCAACUAUCGAGGGGCUCCCGGCUUCCGUCACCCUGCCCGCAGGACGAUCGUAUCAACAGCAUCCGGCGGAAACCGAACGAGUUCCACAACUCGUACGACUGGACGCAGGCGCUGAUGGACGGGAAGCUCUUCGCGGCGCCCGUCACCUGUUUCCGACACGCGCCCGGUUACGAUAUGUGGCCGAACGUGGUGAUCGGGAUGAAGGUGGAGGUAGAGAACACGGACUGUGACGUGGUGCAGCAGCCGGUGCUCGGCGGCACGCCCCACAGCUUCUGGGUCGCGACGGUGCUGCGAAUCUGUGGCUAUAAGGCGCUGCUGCGCUACGAAGGGUUCGAAGCGAGCGAUGCGUCGAAGGACUUCUGGGUGAACCUGUGCUCCGCCGAGGUACACCCGGUCGGAUGGUGUGCGACGCGCGGUAAACCGCUGAUACCGCCCAAAAGCAUCACCAAGCCGUACCCGGACUGGAAGGAGUUUCUGGUGAAGCGGCUCUCGAAUGCCCGUACCCUUCCGUCGACGUUCUACAAUAAAAUUAGCGACAGCUUUCGGUCACGGUUUCGCGUGGGACUGAACCUGGAGGUAGUGGACAAGAACCGAAUCUCGGCGGUGAAGGUGGCUACUAUCACCAAGAUCGUCGGGAAGCGACUGUACGUGCGCUACUACAACAGCUCGGACGACAAUGGAUUCUGGUGUCACGAGGAUUCGCCCCUCAUCCAUCCGGUUGGUUGGGCGUCGACCGUCGGACACAAUCUCGACGCCCCGGUGGAGUACAUGGAGCGAAUGAAUGCGGCCAGAGACCAAAUUUUGGAACCGAACGAGGACGACGCCAUGAUGGAUUUGUUUAAGACGAACUUUCAGUUCGAGGAGUACUGCUACGAUGGCCGGCAGACGGGGUUCGAGGAAAACAUGAAGCUGGAGGCCGUCGAUCCGCUCAACCUGUCGUCGAUCUGCGUGGCGACCGUGAUGUCGGUGCUGAAGUUUGGCUACAUUAUGAUACGCAUCGAUUCGUACGAUCCGGACGUGAACUGUACGGACUGGUUCUGCUACCACGAAAAAUCCCCGUGCAUCUUUCCGGUCGGGUUCUGCGCGAAGCACAACAUCACGCUCACCCCACCGAAGGGCUACGAUCUGACCACCUUUACCUGGGACCAGUAUCUGCUCGAUACCGGCAGCAAACCGGCCACCGAAGAUAUUUUCCAUCAGGAACCGAUCCGGCAACGGUUCAAGGUGGGAAUGAAACUGGAAUCGGCCGAUCUGAUGGAUCCAAGACUGAUCUGUGUGGCCACCAUCUCGCGUGUGGUCGGUCGGCUGCUGAAGGUGCACUUCGAUGGCUGGGACGACGAGUACGAUCAGUGGCUGGACAGCGAAAGCCCCGACAUCUACCCGAUCGGGUGGUGCGUGUUGGUGGGCCACAAGCUCGAGGGUCCCCGCAUCCUACCGAAGAUACCGCUGGUGCAGAAGAUUUCGCCUAAAACCACCAAGAAAGGGACCAAACGGGUCAAGAAGAAGCUGAAAACGGAACCCGCCCCGGUGCCGCCGCAGGACGAUUGUAAGUUGCGUGCUCAACCGGCACCAACGACACGGACAGCGCGGAUCAAGAAGGAACAGGAACAUUUCGAACAACAGAAGCUUCUAUCAAACGCCCAGCUAGAGUAUGGUUCAUCUCCGUUGGCCCCAUCGCAUCACUUUGCGCCGGAUGCCCUAAGCCAUCCGCACCGCGGAUUGUCCACACCGACGCAGGCAGCGGCAGCAAUAGCGACACCGUCGUCACUUCGUGCGAUAAUCAAACACGAACCAAAUCACCGCGACACAUCCUCGUCCUCUUCGCUACUGAGCGGAACGAACGCUCUCGGUCCGAUCUUUGACCACUCGACCGGUGGCAGCCUGGAUGGCGAUCGGGACGACGUGGACAUGCGCACCGAGGACGAGGACGGUGAGUCGAGUUCGGCCACCGGUCUUCCGUCGACGGCUCCGUCUUCCGAGAUUGCGGACAAUGAGCUGGAAAAGGUUAUUCCGCGGCUUAUCCACCACGACAUGCUGGCGGUCAACAGUAGCAGCUCGCCCGACUCGAUGGCGGCGGGUGCGACCGGAGGCCACAGUAAUUCGAACGGCAGCAGCAGUACGAGCGCUGGACUGCUCGGCUCGUUCGGUAUUGGCGGUGGCAGCAGUCAAAUCACGCCGGACAACUGGGAGGUGAAGGAUGUGGCCAUGUUUCUCACGAUCAACGAUUGCGCCGUACACACGGAGCAGUUCGUGCAGAACCGGAUCGACGGCCGGCGGUUGCUGGAGCUCAGCAAGGACGACAUCAUCACGCUGCUCAGCCUUAAGGUGGGGCCGGCGCUCAAAAUCUACGAUCUCAUCCAGCAGCUGAAGUGUAAGAUUGAUCCCGCGAAGUCGCGCCACCUUGCAAAGGGUGCCGGCAAAAAGUUUCUCUAG